AUGAAUAUAACUCUUUAUGAAGCUUGGUAUAAUCGAAAGCCUCAUGUUAGACAUUUAAAAGUUUUUAGUUGCAUAUCUUAUGCUUUAAUUGAUGUUGAUGAUCAUAGUAAGAUACACAAAAAGAUUAUUAAUUUGUCAUGA